AUGCUUGAAAAAGCGAAAGCAUAUUUUGAGAACUGCAGAACAGAAGAAAAGUUUGUGUAUUUCUUGACGGAUUCCAAAGAAUUAGAGCUAGAAGAUCUAACGUUACCAUGGAUAAGUGUUCCCUGGCGACUAAGUAAAAAGCCAAUACACUUUAUCUGUGAAGGAAGGGAUGAGACAAUAGAUGUCCCAACAAAACGUUACAAGAUUGAAUCCUACUAUUGUCUUUUAGCUGUAGUAACCACAUAUUUGGAUGAGAGAUUCAAUCAAUUGAAAUCUCAUAGUGAUGAUUUUGAUUGUCUUUACGACAUCGGCGAACUGAAGAAUCCACCUCCUGACAGCCUGGACACAAAGUGUAGAAACCUUGCAGCGAUUUUGCUAAAUCAUGAGUCAAGCGUCAUUGGUGCACUGGAGUCGAGGGAAGAAGUGAAAGUGCUUUCAACAUUGUUGAAACCUGGAAUAGGUCCAAAAGAGACUCUGAAGUUUAUAGGAAGACAUAACUUUUGCCCUAAUGUUAACAUUGCUCUGCGAAUUCUCCUAACACUCCCAGUGAUAGUUGCGAGUGGAGAGAGGAGUUUCUCAAAACUGAAAUUGAUAAAGACAUACCUCCGAUCAACGAUGAGCCAAACUCGUUUGAAUGAUCUUGCAACAAUAUCGAUUGAGCACGAGCUUGCAGGGGACUUCAAUUACACAGAUCGUGCCAAAGAGUUUGCACAAUGA